CACAAACCAAAACCAAGCUCCGUAAGCGUUCUUUAAAUCGCUUAGAAGAAAAAGAAUCUUAGCUUUUUUUCGUAAGAUUUUUGAGGCCCUUCUUUUGGUAUAGUCUGUAAUUGUAGAUUCACUAAGAAACAUUCAACCCAGCUCCAAUGAACUUGUUCAGUUGUUGUACUUCUAUCCUUUUCAUUAUAUCGAAUAAAAGGUAAACAAUUCUCCUUCUACCACGUAUUCUGGCUAGUUGAAUGACAAAAGAAACAGAAAUCCAACUUCAAAGUUCGUCCUUUAUACUUUGAAUUGUAUCAUUGAUUUUCAUAAUUGUAGCAUGAAUCCUUUUAUUUGUUAACAAUCAUAUCAUUGACUUUUUCUUGGAAAACUUACUCUUCUUUGAGCUGCUCAAUCUCCGAAUGAUUAUCUUCUAUAUUUGAAGGUAGGGAUAGUUGUUCGAUUUUUAUUGUCUAGGAAUCAAAGUAAUUAGUAACCUGCGUUUUGGUAAUCAAUCAUAUGUCCUUUACCUUUCGUAAUUUGGAAUGCUCCAAUUCUUGCAAUUGAUCCACAUAGCUCUGUAACCGAGAGCUGCCCAAAUCCGCUUGAAAUUUCCUGAUGUCCAAAGAAACCUCAUUCAAACCUUCUGUUACAAGUUGGACGACGAUUCCCAUUUGCUCUAAUCCAAUUGUUUUUUCAUGAUUUGCCUUCAAAGCCCUUUCCUAUGUUAACCUAAGAUGAAUAUGAGAUCCGCUUACUCUUCAAAUUCUUUAUACAACUGUGUUCUUGUGUCUUGCGCUUUUAAAAUCUUUUGCACUGUUUCUUCCAUGUUGGAUGUAUUGUCAACAAUAAAAAUAUCUAAUUCCACAAAGACUAACUGCUAUAAAAAAUAAAAUACCAAAUUUCCUUGUACGUUUUUGUUAUAAAAAUAGAGCCUAUCUCCAAUUUUGAAGUGAAGUGUUUAGUGAAUCCGUAUAAAAGUUCAAGUUACACGACGAAUGCCCUUUUAAAAGGGUUUUGCUUACGAAACAUUUAGUGGAAAAAUUCAAUAAGGAUUAUCAUACACCAAAUUUCUAAAAAAAGGUCGUUGUCUAUUUUUCUAUUCAUUGCGCUCCUUAAUUCUCUAUACUACCAUCCCACAAUUAUCAAAAAGCUAAAGACACCCGAGAAUCACUGGUACUUUGGAGAUUUAUGAUACGUUCAAUUUAGAAUAAAACAAAAAUGAAAAGGUCUCGUGAUGAAUCCCCGUGUCUUGAAAUGAGCACGAAGAAAAACAAAAAUCAAAUGGAUUUAAAAACAUUCCUUGGAUUAUUCUUCAUGCAAGGUAAUCACGGCAAAGAUACCACUGGCCUAGUGUUUUCAGAAAAGGUAAACUUUGUAACAAACGAAGGUGCACCUUCCUCUGAUGGUCCUUGUAACUUUUGUGAAACAAUAGCCCUUCUACAUAAUUGCGAUCGUUGUACUCGACCAAUUUGUAGAAACUGUUCGACGCUUGUUUACAUGAGUGAAAAGACAAACGCAAGAUGCCUUGACUGUAUUUAAUUUAUGCUAUACUAAAUCUAGUUUACAGCAUCCGGGAAACACGAAGUCUUACUCCUAAUCGCUUCUUCCUCGGAGCUUGAGAUGGUUGUAAUAGACUCUUAGAUGUAUUCUCACUUAUGGCUUCCUUUUCGUUCUUUACUGUAUCCUUUAGUUGGUCCGUUUUUUCAUGGUUGAGAGGACGCAUGGGUUGUUGAAACGAGCUUGAACUAGAAAAAGAGCUAGUUUCUUCGUGCUUAACGGGUUUCUCAGUUGAAACCAUCCUUCUUGUAAUUUUCCUUUUUCCAAUGUCUUUUACAGAAAUUCCAUGAGCUCUAUUGAAUGAACCUUCGUUCACCGAUGUUCGCUUUUGUUGUAUAUAGGAAAAGUCAGUUUUGCCUUUAUCCGAUUCUAACUGAAGGGCUUCCUUCUUUGAAAAGAAAUCUCUUAUAUCGACAUUUCCUUUUCUUUUUGGAGGAUUCUCUUUUUCGAAUGACUCGUUGGGAACUCCCAUGAACUCUUGAUCUCUUACUCUUUUUUUUAGUUCCGUUUCCGCUAAUGAACGAGAACACACGAAAGCGGGUUUAUCUGAAUAGGAUUUUUCUUUCUGAUACGCCUUGUUUGAUCGCUCGUUUAUAUCUUGUAUGCUAACAUUUCUAACGAUGCCGUGUUCCUUCCGAUUUAAUAUAAUACCAAUUUCAGAAGCUAACUGGUUGUUAAAUACUAUAUCUUGUUCUGAUAAAUACUUUGUUGUCUCAUGGCUUUUUAGAAAACUACUAAUAUCCUGCUUAGAGCUGAAACUCUCGGCAUCGCUGUAGGAUCCCACUGAACUUUGAAAUGACGAUAUAUAUAAUAAAGCUUGUGCCCGUGUUAUACCAACAUAAAGUAACCUUCUUUCUUCAUCGACGUCGUCUGAACGUGAGUGAGGAAUUAUAUUCUCACAAACACAAGGGAGAAAAACAAUUGGCCAUUCCAAACCUUUUGCAGCAUGUAGGGUAGAAAUGGUAACUUUUGAAGAUUUAUCUUCUUCUUUAUCACUGCUUGCUAAAGUGACAUGUGCAAGGAAUUUGUGAAGAGGAAUUUCUUCUGGUCCUUCGUCUACUAAACUCAACUCAUCUUGUUGGGCAAGAAUAUCACUUUGAUGAACCAAUUCCAUCACGUUAUCCCAUUUUUCAUCAUAUGUCUCUGGAUUCUUUUUUCGUAAAAAGUCAUAAUAUUUAAUUUCAUGAAGAAUAGAAGAUAAUAACUCACUGACUGAUUUAUUAUUAUCGCGCGAUUCUUUAUCGAGGUCUUCUAUCAUCCGAAUAAAAGUCUUUAAAGACUUUAAAAAGGAUUUGUCUUGCCUUUGGGAAAGGAGGAUAUAGUUUUCGCUUACCUGGACUAAGAUUUCCCAGAGUGGAAGGUUCCGCCGUUCAGUCUCUUCAAGAAGACGAUCAAUUUUUGUUUUUCCAAUAUUUCUAGCAGGAGUAUUUAGGAUUCGUAUUAAAGAUGUUGGAUCCCGAUUGGCAACCACUCUUGCGUAAGCUACCAUAUCGCGUACUUCUUCUCUGUCGAAGAAUUUAUGAACUCCCACCAUUCUAUACGACACCCCAACUUCCGUCAAGGCAUGUUCUAAACUUCUAGUCAAACUGCCUGACCUAACUAAAAUGGCUACAUCAUCAUAUGUAAACAAUUCGGGACAGCAUUCCACGAUACGUUUUAUUUCACAAGCAAUCCAAUAGGACUCUUUUUGAUUAGUUUCAAAUGUUCGAUAGGAUGGCCUUAAAGACAUUGAGUAAUCGCUUUUGAUUCCUUUCUGAGGCCUUGUCUUGUCCUGUGAGAUGAUUGAGAGAGCUAAUUCUAAGAUAGAAUGCGCUGAACGAUAAUUCAUUUCCAGAUUUAGUAUCUGUGUCCCUUGGAAAUCCUUCGUCAUUCGAUUUAAGUUUUCUAUCUCAGCACUUCGAAACCCGUAAAUUGAUUGAUCAGGAUCCCCGACAAUAGUAAUGGCUGUUUCAUUCUUGGCUAACAGUUUUAAUAAAUAAUAUUGAAUCCUGCUAGUGUCUUGAAAUUCGUCGAUUAGAAUAUGUUUAAUAUUCGCAAUACACAUUGGAUACUCUCGAAGCAGAAGGAUAAAAUGUAAUAAAAGAUCGUCAAAAUCCUAUGUUGUUAGUCAAAUUCUCAAUUUUCUUAGAACGUACCAUUAGAUUGUUUUUUCUCAGUGUUGUUUGAUAUAACUUGUAUAGCUCAGUAGAUUGGUAACUUUGUAAUUCGGG